UUCUGUGUUGCAGAUUAUACAGCUCCUACUAAUCCAGCAGGAUAUUCUUGCAAGAAUCCUGAGAAUGUCACAAUAAAUGACUUUGUUUUCUCUGGUCUGAAUGUUCCUAAUGGUAACAAUACAAACAGUAUCUUCAAAGUUAGUUUCACAACUGUGUUUGUUGCUCAACUUCCUGGUCUUAACGGUCAAGGCCUCUCAUUGGCUCGUUUAGUUAAUGAAGUUGGAGCUGUUUUGCCAAUCCACACACAUCCUGGAGCUUCAGAAACUCUUUUGGUUCUUGAAGGAAAUUUGACCGUUGGAUUCAUCUCAACCAACAACACUGUCUUUUUGAAACCUCUCAACCCAGGGGAUGGUAUCUUAUUUCCUCAAGGCUUACCACACUUCCAUGUCAAUGAAGGUAACACUCCUGCUGCGGCAAUUGUACACUACAAUAGUCCGAACCCUGCUUUUCAAUUUAUAGACUUCUCGUUGUUCUCAAGUGAUUUAGCCGCUCCUUGA